AUGAAAUUCUCAUCCGUUUUAUUAUCUGCUGUUUUAGCAAACUUGGUUGCCUCUGCUCCAAUUAAAACCGUCGUUGUUACCGCUUUCACCACCGUUUUGGUCGACUCUAAAGGUAACACUCAAUAUGAAGCUGCUGAACAAACUGCCGCAACUUCUACUGCUGCUGCUGCUAUUGAAGAAACCACUGUUGCUGAAGCUACCCCAGUUGCUAAAGCUGCUGAAACUACUUCUUCUAGUGGUAACCUUUUAGAUUCUUUUAAGUCAUGGUUAAACCCUGCUGAAACCACCACCACCUCUUCCUCUUCUUCAGUUGCUACUGUUGCUCCAACUACCUCAGAAAUUGCUGAAACCACCACCGCUGCCACUACUACUGCCGCUGCUGAAACUUCCACUACUUCUUCUUCUGAAGCUACCGGUUCUGUUCAAUCUGGUGAAGGUACUUAUUAUUCUACUGGUUUAGGUUCUUGUGGUGUCACUAGUAAAGAUACUGACUACAUUAUUGCUGUUUCUCAUGAAAUGUAUGACAAAUACACUGUUGGUGGUAACCCAAACAACAAUUCCUUAUGUGGUAAGAAAAUUAGAGCUUUCUACAAUGGCAAUUCCGUUGAUGUUACAGUUGUUGAUAGAUGUGAAGGUUGUGCUUACAAUGACUUAGAUUUCUCUCCAUCAGCUUUUGAUCAAUUGGCCUCUCAAUCUUUAGGUAGAAUUGAUAUUACUUGGCAAUGGCUCGAUUAG